AAACUAAGGGUUAUCUUGGAGGUGUUCUAACAAUAUUAUGAUUCCUAUCACACCAUGGUUAUACUUUCUCUUUGGCUUUACCCUGGGAUUAGAAGCCACAAUGUGCAACAGGCCAAAUGGCAUUGUUGCCAAACUAAAUGGUGACAUCAUGAUUGGAGGACUUUUUCCAAUUCAUAAAGAAAUUCCAAACUUGGGAAACUACACUCAACCUUAUGAUCUUCUUUGUGCCGGAUUUGAAAUGAGAGGAUUUAUAAGGUCCCUAGGCAUGGUUCAUGCAAUUGAAAGAAUAAACAAAUUGAAUCUGUUGCCCGGUAUUACUUUGGGGUAUGAAAUAUAUGAUACAUGCGGAGAUGCAUCCAAAGGCCUUCAUCAAGCAAUGAGAUUUAUUAGCCAAAGAAAUGAAGGAAGCAGUGCAAUAAAUGUAACAUGCAACUACAGAAGUUAUACCUCACUUGUGAAAGCCGUCAUAGGAGCGGGGUACUCUGAGGUGUCCAUAGCAGUGUCCAGACUUUUCAGUUUCCAACUCAUACCACAAAUAAGCUACAGUUCAUCUGCUGAUAUUUUAAGUGACAAACGGAGAUAUCCUUCAUUUCUGAGGACUGUUGCAAGUGAUGUUCAUUUGACUAAUGCCCUUGCUAAGCUCAUUAAGAUGUUUGAUUGGAGUUAUGUGGGAAUCAUUUCCAGUGAUGAUGACUAUGGUCGUUCAGUGUUGGAAAGUCUAAUGGCUCAUUUUGACACCCAACUUGUGUGCACUGCAUUCAAGGAAAAGAUACCCGCAGAUUUUGGGAAUCCUGGAGUGAACACAUCUAUAAAAGAAGUGAUUGAUAAAAUAAAAAAAUCUCCUGCACGAGCAGUGAUCUUAGCUUUAAAAGUAUCAAUUGUGUUAGAGUUUUUCAAUGAAAUUAUAAAAGAAAAAAUAACCAGGACAUGGAUUGCAGGAGACAACUGGUCUACCUCACGAGAGGUUGCCUCAAUGGAAGGUAUUCAUACUGUGGGAGACAUACUAGGCUUGUCCUUUAAAAACGGAGAAAUUCCAGGUUUUAGGCCGUACCUUCAACAUCUACAUACAGGGCAGAAUGCAACAAACAGUUUUAUUGAGGAAUAUAAGCAUCUACGCUUUGGAUGUACAGAUGAAUAUGAGGCAUAUAAACAGUGUUUAAGUAUUUCACCAGAGAACUGUACCAAAUCAGAUGCUAUAAACUUUAAGUCGCCCAUGGCUUGCAGGAUAGAAGACAUUUCUCAAGCAAGUGAUGACUAUCUAGAAAGGAACAUUGAGUUGGAUGGAUCUUACAGUGCAUAUUUAGCAGUCACAGCAAUAGCUCAUGCAUUGAAAAACAUGUUAUGCUAUAAAGGAAUAUGUGCCAAAAAUAUAUCUUUUGCUCCUUGGGAGCUGCUCCAUGAAUUAAAGAAAGUACAGUUUUAUGACAAUGAUGAAAUAAUUUUUUUUGAUGAGAAAGGAAAUUCCAACCUUGGUUAUGAUUUGCUGUCCUGGCAAACAGUGAAUGGUUCCGUGGAGUUUAUUGAUGUUGGAGAGUACGAGCAGCACAGAUCCUCCAUCCAGCUUAACAGUUCUGAAAUUGUAUGGACCAAUCCAUAUAACAAAAGACCAGAGUCCAGGUGCUCGGAUCCAUGUCUUCCAGGGCAGUAUAAAAUCCACUCAGACAUUAGAUGUUGUUAUAACUGUGGUCUGUGUGCAGAAGGCUACUACUCUUCAAAUUAUGAUGUGAACCAGUGCACAAAAUGCCCAGAUGAUCAGUGGUCUCUUAAAGGAAGUUCUCACUGUCAAAACAGAACUGUUAUAUAUUUUAGCUGGAGUGACCCAUUUGCAAUUAUCCUAACUAGUGCUGCUGGAAUAGGUGUUGUACUGGUGUUAGUUAUAGGAAUUGUGUUUUUAAAAAACAUAAAUACUCCAGCUGUUAAAGCAGCAGGGGGUAUUUAUACCUGUGUUAUGAAUUUGUCUCUAAUGGCCAGCUUUGCCACCACCGUAUUUUUCAUCGGUGAACCGUUUAACUUAUCCUGUAAGAUCCGGCAGCCCCUAUAUGGAAUCAGUUUCACUCUCUGUGUAUCAUGCAUACUAAUGAAGUCCUUUCGAAUUGUGUUGGCCUUUGAGUUAGGUACAAGGUUUCGCUACAAUUUUAAGUUCACUUACCAACCAGUUUUAGUCAUUGCUAUACUGACAGGUGUACAAAUUGGUAUUUGUAUACUAUGGCUUGCUUUCAAUGGGCCAUCAGUAAAGAAAGAUGGCAAAAUGCCUCAAACAUUUCUUCUUCUGUGUGAUGAAGGAUCGUCUUUAGGCUAUGGGACAACGUUGGGGUAUACUGGCUUCCUGGCCUUUGUUUGUUUUGUUUUAGCCUAUAAAGGAAGGAAGUUACCUGACAAAUACAAUGAGGGAAAAUUCAUAACAUUUAGCAUGCUUGUAUAUCUCUUUGUAUGGUUUGCUUUCAUACCAAUUUAUGUGACCACUACUGGAAAGUAUCUUCCAGCAGUAGAAUUGGUGGCCAUAUUGGCAUCCAACUAUGGGGUAAUAUGCUGCCACCUGAUACCCACAUCGUAUAUAAUAUUUUUCAAGAAAAAAGAGAACAACAGAGAAGAAUACUUACAGAGUGUACGAUCAUUUUCCAAAAGCAAAAUCUCAGUUUCUUACCUUGAUCUUCAGAUGCCAAACCUAGAAACUAAAGCCUGCCAGACAUGUCCGUUAAUAGAAAGCACACUUUAUGGCUUGAGUAAUGGUUUAAGAAAAUGGAGAAAUAGUUUUUAGAAGCAUUAUGAAAGAAGUUACUCAUUACAAGCAAUUAUAACAGUGAGACAAGUUUGGGCUCAAUUCUGUGAGCUGUGAUUCUGUGAGCUGCCUAAACAUUAAUUGGAUCUAAUAAAGGGACAAAAUGGAUUAUUAAUUAAAGUUUUUAUAAUCAAAGCUAAUGGAAACAUCUGCACUUAAAGAAUUCAUUAGGAUCACUAAAAAAUUAGCGCAUGUUAAAUUUAUUUUAGUCAGGUUUUCUGCAAGGACAAUGAGCAGAUCUAGAAACUUGUAGACAAACACGCAGCACAUGCGCAGUGGAAUCUAUAGAUAGUUUAGCACCGACAAAUUAACCUUUUUGUCCCAGGUGAAACUUAAAGUGUUAGCAUUCUAAUUUAAAACUGAUUACUAUAGCGUAUGGAGUGCAGGGGUUAUUUUAAACAUUAAAAAGGUACCAGCAUUGCAAGGUUUAUUGCAUAUUUUUGUUUAAGUAAAUCUUGAUGCACUGAAGCCACAUGCUAGCAAAUAUCUUAAAAAUU